AUGCUUUUCGAACAGGCGGAACGGCUUGAUUAUUUAUCGAAAUGGCCCGAGUCAGCCCGUUUUAAGAAGGCUGUUGAAGAAAAGCGGCGUGGUGUCUGCUAUACGAUGCCGGGUUUGAAAAGCGACAAGCUACUCAAUGUGCCUGUUAGUGAUGAAGCGCAGCAGUGCUAUGAUGUUCAUUUUUGUCGCAUCGACGUGGAGCUGAACUGCCAAGGCCUUACGAACCUAAUCGAUAUGUGUCAUUUGGAACUCGCAUUAAACGCGACAACAGUAUUGCUCUCACAAAUGGGCCAUGGUGUGGGAAAAGCUGGAAAGCCGACCCUUAUCACACCAACUCUACUUCAGUUGUGGGGAAUACGAUUCCAGCUCCUUAUGGCAUUAAAGCUGUAUUCCGUGUUAGCUGACGAAUUGUUGCCUUUUGAGGAAUUAGACGCGCCUGAUCUCUUCUACCAGUACUAUAAUGAUAACGUUGAUAAGACAGGAUCACUUGUUACUUUCCAAACACGACUGAUUCAUGCUGAAGUUUUACGCUUUGGGUCGUGUCCCUGGAAAGCCGUUGAACGGAUAAAACGUUUAGAAUCGGAUGUCGAUAAGGUGAUAUCAUCGUUGUCUGCUAGUGAUGAGCCAGAAGAACAUACAACUGCAUGGAAGUGUAGAUUGUUUGUGGUUCAGAAGAUGUGUGCACGAGUACUGUUCUUCCUUGGGGAGUAUAUGCUCUCAAUUACCACAUUGCGUAAUAUUAUGCGAUCCUGUUCCCGUGAUGAAACGAUGGCUCUAUUGGAAGCUAUGUUUCGUAUAGCGCUUUCAGUUGGGGAUGAAAAAGCAGCGAACAAGUUACUCGAAGAUGUGACCAAAUCUUCCGGUUCUCCAUUUCUUUUUAAAGCUCUCCGUUCACUUUUUCUUGGAGCUUUUGUGCAUGCACAAGAAUACCUUCAGAGAUUUCCCCGAUCCGGCGUUGACAGUUAUCCAGCACUUAAUAGUCUAGCGAUUUGUCUGUUGUACAAUGGGAGAGUGACUGACGCUGUAGAGUUGUACACAAAAAAUGUGCAGCUUGCUUCUGAGCCACUUCAUGCUAAUUUGAAAGCAAUGUUGGAACUAGGCUGUUCAACUGCUGAAAAAAGUGCACUGUUGAAGGAUUUCAUUAAAGGAAGAACCGAGAGCUCGAAUUGA